AUGGGAUCCCAGCCGGCGCCCUCCCGCGCGGCCCUGGAGCCCUUCGCGACGCUGGACCCGGCGGCGCUGGCCUCCCUCCCGGCCUCGACGCCCCUCACGGUCCGCUCCGCGGCCCUCUCCGCGCCGAGCCUCCUCUACCUCGGCACGGGGGGCGGGAAGCUCCUCCUCUUCUCCCUGGCGACCCCCUCCUCCCCCGAGUUCCUCCGCCUGCUCCCCAUCGGCGCCACCCGCCCCGUCUCUGCCAUCCUCCCGCUCCCCUCCGUCGCUCGCGUCCUCGUGCUCGCCGACGGCAUGCUCCUCCUCGCCGACCCGCUCCUCGCGCGCCCCGUCCGCCGCCUCGGCUCCCUCCGCGGCGUCGCCGCCGUCGCCUCCUCCCCGCCCGCCUCCCCCUCGUCCUGCUCCCUGGCCGUCGCGGUCGGGAAGAGGCUGCUGGUCCUCGACCUCGCCCUGCGCGAGGCGGACGAGCUGGAGGUGCAGACGCGGGAGAUCGCCGCGGGGGUCGAGGGGAUCAGCGCGCUCGCCUGGGUCGGCGAGGACUCGGUCUUCGCCGGCACCGCGUCGGGGUACUCGCUCUUCUCCUCGAGCGGCGGCGGCACGGGCCAGCGUGUGGACAUAUUCAUGCUCCCGGAGUCGGCGGGGGCGCCGAGGAUCAGGCCGCUGUCGGGCGGCCAGGAGGCGAUGCUGCUGGUGGACAAUGUCGGGGUGGUCGUCGACCGGUCCGGGCACCCCGUCGGAAGCAGCUUUGUGUUCAACAGCAGGCCGGAUUGCAUCGUCGAGGUGUCCCCGUAUGUGGUGGUCGCCGCAGAGUCCAAGGUGGAUGUGUACAGGAGGAGGAAUGGGGUGCACUUGCAGACCGUUCCGAUCGCGAGGAGAGGCACGGGUGUUCUGACCGUGGCGAGCGAUGAUGAUGGAAGCAGCGGGGAGGUCGUUGUGGUCGCUACGGCUUAUAAGGUUUUCUGUUACCGUAAAGUAUCUGCAGUGGAACAGAUCAAGGCGUUGUUACGAAUAAAGUGUUAUACAGAGGCUAUUUCUUUGCUGGAAGAGUUUGAAUCUGAUGGUGAAAUCUCAAAUGAUAUGAUUUCCUUUGUGCAUGCACAACUUGGAUUCUUAUUAUUCUUUGACUUGCGCUUUGAGGAUGCUGUUAAUCAUUUCUUGCUGUCGGAGACUAUGCAACCAGCAGAAAUAUUUCCAUUCAUCAUGCGGGAUCCUAAUCGUUGGUCAGAUCUGGUGCCAAGAAAACGUUAUUGGGGCUUGCAUCCUCCCCCCAAGCCUCUUGAAGAAGUUAUUGACGAUGGACUGGUAACACUUCAGCGAGCAUUGUUUCUCAAAAAGGCAGGUGUGGACACAGUUGUGGAUGAAUAUUUCCUUUCAAAUCCUCCAACUAGAGCUGAUCUAUUGGAACUAGCUAUCAGAAAUAUUAUCAGGUACCUUUGUGUUUCACGAGAGAAGAGCUUGUCUCCUGCAGAGAUGGAAGGAGUCGAUACUCUUCUGAUGUACCUUUAUAGAGCACUUGAUCUUGUUGAUGACAUGGAGAAGCUUGCAUCAUCUCAAAAUAGCUGUGUUGUGGAUGAACUGGAAUCACUGUUGGACAACUCUGGACAUCUGCGGGCGCUUGCUUUCUUAUAUGGCAGUAAGGGAAUGUGCUCCCAAGCUGUUGCUAUAUGGCGUAUCUUAGCAAGGAAUUACAGCACAGGUCUGUGGAAGGACCGUCCUAUUCUGCCUGGAACGGACUCCCAGGAAACUUCGUCUGUUAAAAAAUCCGGUGAGGAAAUUGCUGCUAUCGAAGCCUCCAAGAUACUUCAAGCAACAUCUGAUCAGGACCUUGUCUUGGAACAUCUUGGAUGGGUUGCAGACAUUGAUCAAGACCUUGCAACUGUGAUUUUAACAUCUGAGAUGAGGGAAAAACAACUUUCUUCUGAAAAGGUUAUUGCUGCCCUUGAUUCAGAAAAGGUUGGGAUUCACCAAAGAUAUUUGCAGUGGUUGAUUGAGGAUCAGGGUUGUGAGGACCCUCACUAUCACACGUCAUAUGCAUUAUUGCUGUCGAAAUCUGCCAUGGAAGCAUUUCAUAUGGAGUCCAAUUCCGGAGAGAGAAAUGAUAAAGAAAUCGACUCAGACCUACAGUUCAUUUAUUCAUUGAGGGAAAGAUUGCAAUUAUUUUUGCAAGCUUCGGACUUGUAUGAUCCAGAAGAAGUGCUUGAUGUGAUAGCAGAAUCUGAGCUAUGGCUGGAAAAGGCCAUUUUGUAUAGGAAGAUGGGCCAAGAGAACAUUGUACUUCAGAUACUAGCACUGAAGCUGGAGGAUAGUGAAGCUGCUGAGCAGUACUGUGCAGAGAUUGGCCGAGACGAUGCUUAUAUUCAGCUUUUGGAUUUGUAUUUGGACCCGAAAAAUGGGAGAGAACCGAUGUUUACAGCAGCUGUCCGACUUCUUCAUAAUCACGGGAAAUCUUUGGAUCCCAUACAAGUAUUGGAGAGAUUAUCCUCAGAUAUGCCUCUCCAGCUAGCUUCAGAUACAAUAUUGCGAAUGCUAAGAGCUCGGGUGCACCAUCAUCGCCAAGGGCAGAUAGUGCAUAAUUUAUCACGUGCGACGAACGUUGAUGCACGAUUGACAAGACUGGAGGAGAGGUCAAGGCAUGUGCAGCUAACUGAUGAGAGUAUUUGUGAUUCAUGUCGAGCUCGGCUUGGCACCAAGCUAUUCGUCAUGUACCCAGACGACUCGGUUGUUUGCUACAGGUGCUACCGAAACCAAGGCGAUUCUGUUUCAGGACGAGGCCGUAACUUCAGGAAAGAUGCUAUAUUCAAACAAAGCUGGCUUGUCAGUAGAUAG